AUGUCUGGAAUUGAUUAUACCGGUAUCCGGUCCAAUUCAAUGUUCGGAACGGCAACUGCUAUAACCAAUAUUCCCUCAUCAAGCAAUCAAAAAGCCAUUUCAAAAAGAAAAAAACGUCGUCAUCGAACGAUUUUCACGCAAUUUCAAGUAGAUGAAUUGGAGAAAGCCUUUCAAGAAGCUCAUUAUCCUGAUAUGUAUGCUCGUGAACUAUUAGCUAUGAGAACCGAAAUUGCUGUAGAUCGGAUACAGGUUUGGUUUCAAAAUCGUCGAGCCAAAUGGAGGAAGACAGAGAAAACAUGGGGUAAAAGUACAAUAAUGGCGGAAUAUGGAUUAUAUGGUGCAAUGGUUCGACAUUCAUUACCAUUACCAGAAACAAUUACACGAUCAUCCGAAAAUCCAAAUGAAUCGGCUGCUCCAUGGCUUUUAGGAAUGCAUAAGAAAAGUCUUGAAGCAGCAGCACAUUUGGAAAAUGAUGAAAUUGAUAAGGAAUCGAAUGAGGAUGACAGGUCGGUGGAUGCAUGCUCACCGGAUAUUUCAAAUAAUAAUAAUAAUAAUCUUAAUCAUAAUAUUAAUCAUAAUCAGCAAGAUACUAAGUUAUCUUCCUAUCAUCAAUAUGAUAGUUUACAAUAUCUAAAUAAUAAUACCAAUGCUACUAGGCAAAAUUAG